GGUAGUACUCUAUAGAAAAUGGUUUUACUAUUAGCCCAAAGUGUUUGAUCCGGUCCAAAGUGUUUCAUCUCUUAGCCAGACGGUGUACGCUAUAUUGCUCUCUCCCUUCAUUAGGUCGGACGCAGUCUACACACCGCGCCGUCCGUUCGUCUAAUGUCCUGAGGUUACUCCAUUAUUAUUAUUACCAACUGUUCGUCUAAUAUAUUUUAUCUUAUCAGCAGUGAAUAGACAGCUUAGCGGGUGUUGUUGAGUGUUGCCUUCUUAAGGAGGAGAGUCAAAUGUCUUUCUGGGGAAUUGAAGUUAAACCUGCAAAACCGGUCACUCAUGUGUUUGAUCAGACACGAGGAAGGCUUCGGAUUUCUCAAGCAACAUUGGGUAUUGGCAGUGCAAACACAAAGAGCUUGGUUCAGUGCAACGUGGGCAAUAAAGCUCCACUUUUUCUGUGCGCAUUGUUGCCUGAAAGGACAGAGUCUUGCCAUUUGGAUUUGGAAUUUGAGGAAGCAGAGAAUGUGGUCUUUUCUGUUCUUGGACCAAGAAGUAUACAUCUAACUGGUUACUAUGUGGGUAAGAGUUCCAAUGCACAUUUAGGAGGAGGAGGCAGUGAUACAGAGUCAUAUGGAGAGGAUGUUGGCCACACAGACACAGAUGUGUCCAAUGAGUGUAGUGAUGAAGAUGAAUACGAGGACAGCUUUAUUGAUGAUGGAGAGCCAGAGGUUCUCCCUUCUUCACCCAUUUCUAGCGAUGAAGAUGUAGCAGCUGAAGGAAGCAAGAGAGGGAACCAAUGGCUUAGGAAGAAACACCAAGUAAUUGACUCUGAUGAUGAUGAAAACACUCCUGAAAAUGAAGCAUCUCCAAAGAAAUUAUCAUCACAAAGUGGAGAAGAUAGUGGCAAGGUGACAGUUCAAGCAGAAAAUGGUGUAGGGGGUACUGAGGAAAAUGUUGAUAUUAGUGAUGCUGAGACCGCAAAGAGUGAAAAGCCUAGCAAGAAACGGAAAAGCAAGUCUGAUAAUGCAAAAUCUGUUGAAGUUCCUGUAGAGGUUAAACCCCUUGCUGAAGAGGGAUCUGCGGACGGCCAGAAAUUAAAGAAGAGGAGAAAAGGUAACAAGGGAGAGAAAGUGGAUGAAUGCAAAGAUUCAUGUCCUAUCAAUACUCAUGAAAAGGUCAAGCAAAAUCUCGAGGCCACUAAUACCGUCAAGGAUUUAAUUGAAACUCCUGAUGAAAAUAAAUUGCAAAGUAGUGCUCAAAAUGAUGAUGCUAAUUGUGGUGUAGCUAAUGGACAACAUAUGAAGAAACAUGAAAAAAAGAAGAAUAAGAAGACCAAAGUUGUGGAUGAAGGAGCCAACAAUGGUGUGAGUGUGGAGUCCUGCGGAAUCAGGACUUUGUCAUAUGGAUUGACUACUGAAGACCUUGCAAUUGGAGAAGCUGAUGGAAAAAUUGCUACUCCAGGGAAAAAGGUGAAAAUUUACUAUACUGGCAUCCUGAAAGAAAACAAGCAGGUUUUUGACUCCAAUAUUGGUGAAACUCCUUUCAAAUUCCGCCUAGGUGACAAACGCAUUAUUGACGGGUGGAACAUUGGUCUUGAAGGCAUGCGUGUUGGUGGCAAAAGGAGACUUGUCAUCCCUCCAUCAAUGGGCUAUGGCAGCCAGGGAGGUGGAGAGAACAUCCCACCAAACUCAUGGUUGAUUUAUGAAGUUGAAUUGGUUGGAGUCCGUAAAUGAGUUUUUAUUUUAUUUUGCGUUAAUGUUGAAGAUACUUUUUUUUGAUGAUGAUGAUGUUGAAGAUACUUUUUUGAACUUGAAACCCUUGAGAAAGUCCGUCCUUAAGAGAUGAUAAAACUGUAACAGUGUGAUCCUGGGAUUUUGUUUGCGGUAUGAUAAUAAUAGAUACAAUUGAUAAAUGGGUUGC